UUUGCUCAGAAGACGGCUGCGGUUAUAUCCACCCAAAGCUGUCCAAUUGAAUCAGUCUUGUUGCAUAGAUACGGUAGGAAAAGUAAUGUUCCCGCUGGUGACACAGCGAGCGGGGAAGUCGGGUGUAUGGAUAUCAUCAUUUAUCAUGACGAAGGUGGCACGGCGGCUGAUGCACCUCGUUUUCGUUAACCAGAGACUGGGGAGGUCUCCAUAGUCCCACCACGCAGAGUAACCAAUCUUGCUUCUAGUCAGGUCUCACAAAUGGUAGCUCAAGUGGAUGCCUUGGAAGACAGAUCUACGAUGUAAUAUAAGCCGGUCUCAUUUUUCAGUCCCAUUAUGCCAUCUUUCAAUCGUAUCGCCAUCUACGGUCAUCGAGGCUGGGCAAGCUCGAAAAUAACCGAAGCCUUGAUUGCUUCAGGAGCACCAAUUCGAAUCAUUUAUCGACCAGGGUCCGAUAUCUCAAGCCUACCCGCCUCCGUCGACUGUGUGGAGGUGGAUGUCAACGACGAGAGAGCACUCAUAGAUGCCCUCCAUGACAUUGACAUCGUAAUCUCCCUCGUCGGGCACGAAGGCGUUGAGCGACAACAUGCUUUUGUCAAGACUAUACCCAAGACGGAAGUCAAGCUGUUUUCGCCUUCAGAACUUGCGGGCAGAUACGACGAACAAGGAUUGAAGGUCGGCGUCAACAAGGCCAAGCGUCAAGUUGAGGAGGCCUCUAUCGCUGCUGGUAUACCAACGACGCUGGUAUUGCUUGGGAAUUUUGCCGAGUUUGCGCUGAACACUCCUGGCAUGGGCGUAGACUUGCCCGGUAACAGAAUCGUGUACUCGGGGAACAGUGACAAGGAAAUUGUGGACUUAUGCACUAGGAACUACGUGGCCGCGGCAUAUGCUGCUAUCUUCGCUUCGACGCCAGUUGCUCAGCUUCAAAAUAGGUCAAUCUCAAUUUCGGAGCUGAAGGUCACUGGAGAGCACGUUGCUACUACGUUGGAAAAGAAGCACGGCGCUCCUCCUAGCAUCUCCUCCUUGAGUCUCGAGAGAGUCAAUUCCGAAGUCGAAGAAGGGCUCAAAUCAGGUAGUCUCUUCACCCUGGCUUGGUACUGCCGUAAGAUAUGGGGCACUGGCCAGCAAGCCGAAAUGGUUGGGAACGAUAUCUGGGAGGUCCAAGGAUACAAGAAGGCAACUGUUGAAGAUCUUAUCAUCGAUGGAAAGCUUGAAGCAUAUCGCCAACUACCACCCCAGGUUGCCGAGUACUUUCAGGGAACAUUUUGAAUACCUCCCACGGUAAAUCAAUGGAAUUGAAAAUGAAUGGUUUUUGUUUGGGGAGCCGUUUGCGUCAUAUAUUAGGAGCGCUUGGAAAACGAAUGAAAUCAGCUUCAAUCUUCUUCUUUGACUAUGUACCUAGUGGAUUCAAUGUUGUCGCAACGCCACAUGUGGCGCUGCCCAUCUACUGCCGUACGAUACCGCUUACUACGAGAUGACUGCCCACUUCGUACGGUAUAUAGAUACGACCGCUUAAGGGUCCCUCACUUA